AUGGCAGGCGAGCUGCCGGUGCUGACGCGCAAGGAGCAGAUCGACGCGUUCCUGUGGAACACCAUCGACGCCGUGCUCGUGCUGCGCUUCGGCCUCGCCGAUGACCCCGCCUGCAUGCAGCUCGAUGACGUGCUGGCGCGGGCGGCGGCGGACGUGAGCGGGUUCGCGCGGGCGGCGCUGGUGGACGUGCGGGCGGCGGGCGUGGCGGCGUACGUGGCGUGCCUGGACGUGCAGGUGGUGCCGGCGUGUGUGUUCUUCUUCAACGCCACGCACAUCAAGAUGGACUCCGGGUGA